GAGGAAUCUUUGAUGAUGAGAAUUUCAACACUGGGUGAACAUGCACAUUGGUAGAACAGGAGAGGAACUUGUAGAGAUACAUCUGUAUGAAAACAAGACAACUGCAUUUCAUGUGGUUAUACAAUCUUCUGUUCCAUUCUCUAUUUAUUUGCGGAAAUACCAGCACUUGAGAUAGUACUACUUUCAAGAUGUUUGUUGGGCUGCAUCUUGCUAGGAAGAAGUGAUCCAAGGUAACCAUUUGCAUCAACUAGAUGUUGUCAAGUCAAGGUUUUGAUUAUGAUGCAUGCUUUCGAGACAGGCAAAAGAUUUCACAUUCCUCCUAGAACUUCAGCAUUUUAGGCGAGGUUCAAUUAGACAAACAAGACACAAAGCAUGGGUCAGUUAUGGACUUUGGCAACCUAUAUUCACUCUUUGGCGGGACCUGUGAUGAUGCUUGUGUACCCUUUAUAUGCAUCAAUUCAAGCAAUCGAGAGUCCUACAAAGGUUGACGAUGAACAAUGGUUGGCUUAUUGGAUUUUAUACUCAUUUCUUACACUCACGGAGAUGGUCUUAGAACCUGUCUUAAAUUGGAUCCCAAUAUGGUACGACAUAAAGCUAUUAUUGGUGGCUUGGCUGGUGCUUCCACAGUUGAGAGGGGCUGCUUUUAUAUAUGACAAAUUUGUCAGAGAAAAGUUGUUGAUGAAAUAUUUUGAUUCAGCAGCUUAUCCUGUCAAGGAUCACAGUUCUCCAAAGAGCAAGAAAAAGCUUAUGGACUUCAUGAAAUCUAAUACUAGUAAGAAAGGGGAGCAAGAUGAGUAGAAUUCAAGAAAACAAUGUCAAUCUUUUUUAAUAUCUUAAUUAAACCCUCUUUUUCUUUUCUUUCUUGUUCCUUUGUUAACCUUUUUUUUUUCUUUCAAUGUAAAACACAUGUAAAUGUAUUGGAAUUUCAAUGAAGAAACUGAUGUGAAACAUACUGAAGUAGCCUUUGUAUUGUUGAAUGGGUUCACUCUCA